GUCAUCUGUCUUCCCGAUUAUCGUCUUUGUGGUUUGUGUGGUGUUCACGACUGUAUAUUCGGUACCAUGUUUAACAACCAAAUCCAAGCAAGAUUUUAACAAAGCCAGAAAUGCAUUAAAAAACCUUGAAAAUUUCCUGAAAAAUCAAGCUAGUUCUAUCAACUCAAAGGUACAAGCUUUAGACAAGGACAUGACCUCGAUGGAAGAAGACUUCAAACGACGACAAUGGAUAAAAUACAACAAGCACUGUUAUUAUAUUGGAGAUGACAGUGUUAGAUGGACUGAUGCUGAGAGAAAAUGCAGAGAGAUUGGUGGAUAUCUAGCGAAAAUUGGUGAUUCCUCAGAAAAUAGUUGGAUUAAACAGCAAUUAAGUAAAAGUAGCAAAAAAACAUAUUACUGGCUUGGAUCUACAGAUGUCGUCAAUGGUGACUGGAGAUGGAUAUAUGAUCAAACUCAGAUAAGUUAUAAGAACUUUGAUUCAGGAAGACCUUUUCCGACCAGUAAUUCAAACUCCUACACAUUUAACUGUAUUAUGAUGCACUACAGCAAUGGUUACUGGUACGACUACCCAUGUACUUAUACCAUUCCUUAUGUCUGUGAAAGUAAUUUCUGUUUCCAAUAGUAAUGCAGAUGUUUACGCUAACAGCAGAUGACAGAUUCAAUAUAUUUCAAUAAAGAAUAGUUACUGUA